AUGGCGAAUACCUCGGAAGCGAAGUCGACUCCGCCGCCCGAGUACAGCCCCAUCGCGGGUCCCAAGUCCGAGUCUGCGCCGUCGGAGGACACGAGCACCCAAGGUCAUGCUCUGGUCGAGCCUAAAGAGCCACCGGCCGUGCUGGCGAAUGCUGCGAGAGGCAUGCGCAUCACGGGGGCACCGCCAGCUGCGCUGAUGCAAGUGGAAGACACUUCUGCCAAUGCCCAUUCCACCAGAGAUGCCCAGGCAAAGCAAAUUGGCUGUUGUAGCCGUACGGACAGGCCUUACGCUUGUCCCGUUUGCCACUACCGCUACUUUUCUAUCGAGUGGCUGCGUCGACACAUUGACAUCCACAAUCGUGUCAAGCCGCUCAAGUGCAAUCGGUGUGACCGCUUGUACUGGGGGCGACCGGCGCUCGUCAGGCACAGGGCAUAUGAUAAGCAACAGCUGGUCCAGUGGACUCGCAGGGUGGCGCGAGGCAAUGAAGCCCUGGACUGA